AUGGGGAUGGAGUGUGUUAGCACUACUUCAUUCACUAUCCUAGUUAAUGGUCAGCCUUCUGAACCUUUUUCUAGUAAAAAAGGCCUUAGGCAGGGAGAUCCAAUCUCACCCCAUCCCUUUGCUCUAGUGAUGGAGUACUUCAAUAGGAGUUUUUCUGAUCUAGGUCAUGCGAAGCUAGUUUUCUUUGGUGAAGUUGUUGCCAAUAUUAAGUGCUCUAUUCUACAACACUUGGGUCUUUAUGAAGGUGUUCUGCCUAUUAGAUACUUGGAGAUUCCUCUCUCGUCUAAAUGUCCUACUUCAGCUGAUUUUGCUAUCCUUAUUGAGAGAAUUCUCUCUAAGAUUAGAAACUGGACAUCUAGGUUCUUAUCAUUUGCUGGAAGACUUCAACUUAUUAAAUCAGCCAUAUAUAACAUGCAUGCAUAUUGGGGGAGCAUCUUCUUAUUGCCAAAGAAAGUCAUUCAGGAAGUUGGACAGCUAUGUAGAGAUUUCUUGUGGACUGGUUCAUAUGGCCAGCACACAAAGGCUAAAGUAGCUUGGUCAUCUGUGGAGGCCUUGGUUUACAACAUAUUCCUUCAUUGA